UGUAUGUCAGAUGGCCGCUCCCGGAUUGCAAUCUGUCAGACAAUAAACCGGUGAUUUGCAACUUCUCACCGUGUCAGCUGUGAAUCUCUUCUCAUCCACGGACCCGGUGGAGACGCCAUGCUCCAACACCACUCAGCCUAUACAGUUGUACGAGCCCGCUCGAACAUUAUCAGUGUGUAUGUUGAGGGAAGUAAACUGCUGAAUGAUUGAUUGUUUAAUGUACAUGUAGAAGAACGAAUGUGUUUAUCUGCGUGUGUUAAGUAAUUGUUUCGAAGCGAAUCGACACAAAUGUUUUAAAGUAAUUGUAUGUGUAAAAUUGGAAUAAGUGCGAGUGGAGUGCGAAGGGCGCAUGCGUCAUACAGAGAAUUCCACACAGAUCACCACAUACAGUCCCGUUUAACAAGUGUUUUUAUGUGCUUGUGUUUCAGUGUUUUCUGUGAAGUAAAAAUCAUCACGUUAUUGGAAAAGAACCAUAUGCAUGCCUGUAAUUUAUUCAUCUUGUGUGUAACACCUACUCCCUUGCAGAAAAAGGCUCCGCGCGUCAUAAUAUUGCGACUGAAGGGACCUUCGGGGCAGAAGGGAGUUGGUAGCAGUUACGUAUUUUUGUGUUCACAGAAAGAGUGUUACCUCAAACGGGAAGGCUGUUUAAUAUUGUGCUUAUAGCUUAAAGAACGACGAUAGUCCUCCAGUGACCGGCCAGUUCGCUAGGCAGCACAACAAGCGGGUGGUGGAUUUCUCGGUUUGCAUGACGGUUUUAUACAGACAAGAUAGCCCACUUGUAGUUCAAUUGUUAUCAGUAACACAAUGAUUGGAUAAAUUGCAAUUGAUGAUAUUAAGUUGCAUGACGCAGAUAGUGGGAUAAUUGACAGUUUACUCUAACUAGUUUGCAGCUUUUGACUAGGACCGUUCUGCAUUUUUUUGUUAACUGAAAACCGGUGUUUCGCAAAUUAAAAGGCCGAUCAUGGACCCCGGCGUGCUGUUUUUAAAAUACGAGCUGGCCUCCACUAUCGAGCAAGCCAUCAGGUGCGCGGUGGAGACCGUGCUGCAGGAAACCGCGAAGGUGGUGGACGUCCGGCUGGCUGAGGCUCGGAGCGCCGCCGCGGAGUCUCACCGGGAGAACCGCAGCUUGAGGGAGAGGCUGGAGAUGACGGAAAGCGAGCUGAAGGCUGUGCGCUUCUACAUGUCGGCCGCGGAGAGGAACAUCAAGCAGUGCCUGCUUCUCAACCGGGACCGACCGCAUUCACCCAUUACGGACCGUACGCGCGCGGAAGAUCCCCUCGAAGGGGUACGGAGCGGGUCCCCUGAUCCGCUUUCCGGUACCGACGCUUCUCGCAGUGUUGUUCUCUGUUUACCGACAGUUCAAUCGGGAUGGACCAGACCCGGGAAUAACCGGAGGAGAGUUGGAUCACAAACGGAUGCAUCUUCGAUGCCGUGCCUGGGUCAGAGCUCCCGUCCACAAACACAACUUUUGAGAACUGGAGAUGAUCAGAGUAAUGAGUUGUAUUCCGCAGCAGAGGAGGGCGUAGAAGAAGGUUACACUGGAACAAAACAGAGAACUGCAGGUUUCCACCAGCUGGAGGCGACAGAGACCCCCAGAUUUCAGUUUGAGAAAAGUUCACCGGCAGCCAGCCAUGUGAGUGAGCUCAGCUUGAUCCAGGUGCUGGAUGAUGGGGUCAUUAAAGUGGAAGAUGAGUCUUGUUGUGAGCCGGAUCUGGUUAGGGCGGACUCAGACCAGGCCCCACAACUCGUCCUGCCUCUUCCCACGGCUGCCGAUACUCAGUCCGUAGAGCAUCCUGAGCCAGCAGAAGCUCAGCUGGUUCUGCACGGGCUCCCCCAGAGCCCGGACAAGGUGCAUCUCUGCAGCGUGUGCGGACGUGGCUUCCGCCGCUUCUACAACCUAAAGACACACCAGCGCAUCCACACGGGCGAGCGGCCCUACCCCUGCCGCUACUGCGAGAAGCGCUUCCGCCACCUGGACAGCCUGCACAAGCACCAGCGCAUCCACACGGGCGAGAGACCUUACCGCUGUGCGCAGUGUGGCUGCUGCUUCCGCGAGCUGGGCCACCUCAAGAAGCACCGGCUGACCCACGCCAAUGUGCCACCUGUUCUGCCUGACCCCGCCCACAACCUACAUGACCCCGCCCACGGCCUACAUGACCCCUCCCACUUCCCACCUUACCCCAUCCAUGCCCCACCCCCUGUCUCUAGUGGCCACGUCUGGCCACAUGUAGCCUCUCAGCCCCCUAACUUGAUCUAACCAUUACAGAUGGCGUGACCUUUCGAAAUUCCACUGCUUCUGAAUUCUGCUGUGUCAGGGGAGUCCAGAUCUGCUGGUCUUAGAACACAUACCAUAGCAUUAACGAUUGUUAGCUAGAAGAGCCAGGUGAUGAGACUUCAUGUUACUUCAAGCAAAGCGAUACACUGGAAACAUCUAGAUCUCUGGACCUCUGUGACCAGACUUGGGAACAUAAUGCAAUUCUUUGUAUUCCCGUUAGGUCUUCUGUUUUUCGGAGGGGGAUGUCACCUCUCCUCAUUUCAUGGUGCAUGACAUCAAUCAGUCAGCAGGGGCUACCUAAGAGGGUAAGCUGAGGGACGGCCUCAGGCAGCUCACGAAAAUGCAUUUUUGAAUUGCUGUUGCAGAGUAGGAAGUGCAUACAAUUGGCCUAUUGUUAUCUGGAUGUAUAAUUUGUACUAAAAGUUCUGCAAAACAUUUAUUUUAGAUAUCCAUAGAGCUUAUAGGAUGCUAACAGAUUUAGCCAUGGAAAUGGAAGUUCAAGCUGUGAAAGAAAAAAAGAAACACUCAUAUGCUUGCAAAGCUUGUGAAUCUUUUCUCAACAUGCCCAGCAAAAUUCACCCUUACAAAAGGAAGAAGGAUGACAUUUUCGAUCAGGAAACUAUAAGAGAAUAUCAUUCAAGGCUUCUCGGCUAAGAUCAAUCAGAGAUGCAUGGUCAAGGAUAAUUCUGCUAAUAUUGACAGUCUUUGUGACUCUCAACUCCAUUCACAGCAACGGUGUAGCGCUCCAAAAAGAGAAUGAAAAUCUGAAGAAGGCGAAUGCAGAAAUGAAAAUUAAGAUAGAUGACUUGGAAGUGAUUAAUAAAUGACCAAGAAAAUCA